CUGCGUCCAGUCCAGGGCUCUGCGCUGCAGCUAUGCCCAUGCCCUCCCCCGUGCCUAUAUAUCCCCCUCCCCGGCUGCGGACCGGCCGUUCUCUUUCGUUCCGGUUCCCUAGCGCGAACUGCAAAGGCGGUGAAGAGAGAGAUCUCUGGCUAGCUACCCGUGUUAGCCCCGCAGUGGUAGUGAGCGCUGUUGUAUGAGCUUGCCUCUCCGUGGGCAUGAGCUGCAACGGGUGCCGGGUGCUGCGCAAGGGCUGCAGCGAGGGCUGCGUGCUGCGCCCCUGCCUGCAGUGGAUCGACGCCGCCGACGCGCAGGGCCACGCCACCGUCUUCGUCGCCAAGUUCUUCGGCCGCGCGGGACUCCUCUCCUUCAUCUCCGCCGUGCCCGACGCGCAGCGACCUGCGCUGUUCCAGUCGCUGCUGUACGAGGCGGCGGGGCGGACCAUCAACCCGGUCCACGGCGCGGUGGGGCUGCUGGGCACGGGGAACUGGCACCUCUGCCAGGCCGCCGUCGACACCGUGCUGCGGGGCGGCGCCAUCGGCCCGCUGCCGGAGCUCGGCGGGGACUGCGGCGCCGGCGCCGGGAGCGGGGACCUCUACGGCCCGGCCGCCGGCAAGCGCGCCCGCGGCUGGUCCACCUUCUCCACGGCGAAGCGGGUGCGGACGGCCGGCGAGGCGGCGCCGCCCGCGGCGGAGGCGUCGUGCGACCUCGGGCUGUGCCUGAGCCCCGGGUCCCCGCCGGCGCCCGGGGAGCGGAGGGCGCCCCUCCUGCGGCCGGGCACGCCGUCCAUGAGCUCGGACGAGUCCGUGACGACCACGACCGGCGGCGACAGGGAGCCGGUGCUGCUCAACCUCUUCCCCUGACCACCGCGUGCUAUCAGGACGGACGUUCCCGGCGGCCAAGUGUUUAGUGGUUCCUCUUGCCGCCGCCGGCGAGGCCAUUUCCCUUCGUUCCUUGGCGGCCUUUGAUUUUGUUGUGUAGUUGUGGUAGAAAACAAGCUAGCAGCCGGCCUGGACGCCCCGUUUGCGUGGGCGAGAUGAGAGCGCCGGUGGCCACCCCACCCGAGUAACCAUUUUCCUUCUCUCUUGGACAAUUAUAUAAAUAUAAUAAAUAGCACUACCAAGGUGAGCUCCGUUUUUUUCGUGCUCUCCAACUCAA